AUGGACCAGCAAGAACAAAGUUGCAAAAGGCAUGACUUUAUGUUGCUACCGGCCAGCGACGCGUUCAUGAGGACCUGUCUCUCUUGCGGAUUAGUCGAGGACGUUGAAUUAUCACAACAAAAGCAACAGGUCGAUCCUUGGGCAGGCUGGCUCAGAGCUGAAAUUCAGCCAUUGUCAUGGCCCCAUUGUGUUCAAUACUCCGAGACUAGCGAAGCGACCCUUGUGAAGGCAGCGACAGGAGAUAAGGAAUUCUACAGCUACCGUCCAAAUGUGCAGACUUCGUUUCAAAGCUCAGCUCAAAGAGAGAGAAACCCUUACGUCUACUCUGAUCUACCCAAGGGCUCCUGGAUUCGACUACUGGAACUAUCCCCCGGCAGCAGGCUCGAUACACUCAGCGGGCGGAUUUUCCAAGUAUCGUGGGAGCAAGAAACGUGUCCUCUAUACUUAGCCCUGUCCUAUACCUGGGCAGAUGAUCGGGGUGAUGCCUCACCUUCAAAUCUGAUAUUCCUUGAUAAAGAGCAGAAGGUUAUGCGCAUUACACGGAACUGUGAUCGGGCCUUACGGAGCCUGCGCCAGGAAUACCACUCAGUUCUACUAUGGGUCGAUUCCAUAUGCAUCAACCAGUUAUCUCCGUCAGAGAGGUCACACCAGGUCGGCUUGAUGAAGACCAUAUACUCCAAAGCUACUGCUGUUCAUGCAUACGUAGGAGAGAUGGAGUGUGGAGACGACUCGACAGGGACGGAAGCCAUGGAUUUGUUACAUGAUAUUCAAGUGAAUGGCAUUUGUGACGUAUUGUCUCGUCGGAAAACCAGCACCAUCUCCAGUCUCAACAAAUUCUUCGGAAGACCCUACUUCGCUCGGUUAUGGGUUGUCCAAGAGCUUCUCCUCGCUCAAUCCAUUACUAUACAUUGCGGAGAGGUCUCACUCCAUGUUACAAACGAGUCCAUGUCGUCCAACACAGAGCAAGCCCCCUUGGACCUGAGAGGUCUUCUUGCUGCAACCAGUAUCUGUCGUGUCACAGACCUACGUGACAAGAUAUUUGGGUUGCUAGGUCUUAUUAGCAACGAUCAGGCUUCAGAGCUCAGUCCUGACUACGAAUUGACGGUCCGUGAGGUUUACACUGGAGUCGCUGCAUAUCUGAUGCAAAAGAGCCAUUGUUGCGAUAUCAUUCAGCACGCCAACCCCUACUGGGCUAGGAACUGGUUUGUUAAAGACCACCAAUAUUGCAACAGUGACUAUGGCAUUCCGUCUUGGGUCCCUUUUUGGGAUACAGAUGUACCGGUUCAUGCUUCUGAAGACAUCUACAGACAAGUCGAACAGAUUGAAUUAGACAGCAAAUGUCUUCUUAAGCGGCAAGCACUUUUUGACCGUUGUACAAUACGGAUCAUAGAUGGCUGGCCUCAUGACGGGAACUCAGUGUGCGACCGAGGAGCAAAAUCUUGUAAGAUGGUAGACGCUAAAUCAGGCUUUCUUGCAACCAGGAUAGAGACAGUUUUACGGCUCGAUUAUUCACUUGAGUCUGUUCUUACUGUUCGCUGGGAGCUUGAUCAAUGGGCAGACGGCGAGUAUUUCACAGGGUUCUGGAAUCUGAAGGAUGGUGUCAAACUUGCCAUUAGGAGUCUUGCAUGGGCAUUGAAGUGUACAGUCUCCAACGCAGAUGUUUAUUUGAUCCGGGUCGAGGGGUGCACUGCUUUGUUCUUGGCGCAGCCGACUUCUGAUAUCCGGAAAUAUCGCCUGAUCGGCUCUUGUGUCGCAGCUAUAGUAUGUCCAACACCUGAGCCCAGCCCCACGGGGAUCCUCAAGUCGGAUGACCUGCAUCGCUACCUAGAGUUCGAACCUCUUACAGUGGAAAUGAUUCAUUUCAUAUCGAAGUGGAGGAAUCAAGUAUUCGAACUCACAAGGUCAGACCCAGAAGACGCAGGCCACGUUGCAUCAAUCCAGGGCCAAAGUUGCAGCUAUGCCCGUGAAGACAAACCCGAGACGAUGCACCCAAGUUGGAGAAGCUGGAUUCCUUUCUUAGCCUUGGGAGCUAGGAAUAUGUUGGAAGGUGACUCAGAGCUACAGAAGCAACUUCCAAAUCUCGUGAACUUCUGGGAUAAGGCUUAUGCCUUACAUACUACAGUUCAAGAAUGGACAAAGAGUGCCUUGCAGGUGUCAGACCACGUUCGCAUUCAGUGGUAUAAAUUUUCUCAGGAUGUGAAGAAUGGUCUAGAAGAUCUUAUGGAGAAGUCGCGUGAGUUGGGAGGAGUGUUUGGGACGAUUACAGGGAGCAGGCCUAUUCUUCAGAGCCUGCACCAUCUUCAGGCCCUACUCGAUCAACUAGCAAACGGCGAGGUGAGAUGGGCUGAAGAUGACCUUUCAAUCUAUCCAGGUGAAUUGGAGAGAUUCUUUAAGGAUUAUGACCGUCUUCUUAUAGCGUUGAAAGAAGAUCAAUUGAUCUUAGAUAAGGCUUUUCCACUGGACCUCAAAGAUGUACACCCUAAGUUUAGCAGUAUUAAGGAAACUAUAAAAUGGAAACCUAUGUUAGAAGGGCUGGUAAGAGAGAAUGCAGAACAUAAGGAGAUACAUUUUAUUUAG